GGACACAGGUGCAACGAUAAAUUUGGAAACCAGCACAACGGUCGCGUUAAAAAUGAGCACUGAAACGGAACAAAGCUCAUCGACAGUUCAAAGUAGUGUGUUAAACGACACAUAUUCCUCGCUUGGCGAUUCAAACAUCGGCUUCACCGAAAAUAUUUCAAAUGAUUCGAAUAUUUUGAGUACAACGGAAGCUAGUUCGACUCAAGGAAGUACCACCGAAGUUCAACUUGGAUUGAAUACAACUCUUCAUGAAGCAAGCGCUUCGAAUGAUUUAAUAAUAAUCACAGCGACGCCAGUUCCCAAUCUUCCAAGCAGCGAUACCACUCCAGCCGAUGUUUUUGAAAACAACCCCGAACAUUCAAACAAUACGACUUUAACGCCUGAAUUUGCCUCAACUCCCGAAUCUUCUACAACGAUCAAAACGACUACGACAGAAUAUGCAUCAAGUUCUCCAACCGAUGGUCAAAAUGCUUACAAUUCAACUGUUCCGAGCAACGACUCUUCAGAAGCUACAACGAAAACUCCACAGACCAACAGUGAUGGCCAAAUUUUGAGUACUAUUCGCAAUGAUAACGCAACCGAUGCAACAACUAUUGCAAAUUAUAACUCAACUGAUGCUGUUACUUUCUCAACGAUGCCUUCUCAAAGUGAUCUCGCCGAGGGAAGCAAUUUACAGAAGGAUUCAUUGAUAGGCUCAAAUCUGAAUGAGACUAAACCAUCGACUGACAACAGUACAACAGAAGUGCUAGUUGAUUCUACUGAAACGGUUGUAAAUUUCACAUCAAUAGAUAGAGCAACUGAACAAGAAACCACAGCCAACGCGCUUGAUGCUUCAACGGAACUGACAUCGAACAUCAAUUCUGCGACGGAGGUAGACACUUCACCGACCUAUGCUGCAGAUUCUAAGAAGGACACCAUGGAAAAUAUGGAUUCACGAACAUUAAAACCAACUGAAAGCGCCCAAAUUUCAACUGAAAAAACAUCAAACACAUCAGAAGCACCUUUAUCACCGUCUUCACUUGGACAUGAAGAAAAUAGCACCAUCGAAAAUACGACGCUGCUGGAAAAUACCACCAGACAAGAUGAAAUAAAUUUUACUGCAUUCAUUUCUCCCACGCCACGUGGUGAAGAUGAACUAUUAGGUCAAGCACAAACCGAAGCAGCACCAAUCAUUGCAAAUGAUUAUCAUUUGUCUGAAGAACCACUCGAUAGUACCACCACACAAGUGAAUGAAGAACAGAAUUCAACUGAGUUCACCAGUUUUGAUAAGACCACGUCGAAUAUUGUUACUGAAACAAGCACCUCCCUUCCGGAAUCCCCGACACAAGCUGAUGCUUUAACAACACUUGAAAGUGCAUCAUUGGUAAGCUCAGAUAAAUAUAUAUCAACAACUUCCUCUUCUAAUGCAUCGCUAGCGAUAAAUACAACAACGGAUGAAAAUGUGAUCGAAAGCACAACAACCGCGCAAAUUCAACAGGACUCAAAUAAUUCGAAUGAAAAUGUUACGCUCGAAAAUGCAUCUCUUCGUCCUGAAAACACGUCAGCUAAUGGAAAUGGUACUGUUUUAACAGAAUCAAGCACAUUGCCUGAUCACACUUCACAUUUUCCUUCUGAUAGCACUCUGGGUGAUUCACUUGUAACUCCAAAAGUCAACGAAAACGAAUUCAAUCCAUUAGAUCAGAAGAAGGAGAACGAUUCAACAACGAGCGAAUCACUUGCUUCGACCACAACACCAAUUACUGAAGCAGAAACGAUAGUUUAUGUUCCAUCAAAUUCCAGUGAAGAUGAGAAGCAAUCCGAUGAAAGGACAACAACUCGUAAUGAAGAUGAUGCUUUCACUAACCCAAGUGAGCUUGAUCCAUCUUCAACGGAAAUAAGCUCAUUGACAAGUGAAACUUUACCUUCCGGUUCAAAGAGUAUUCUGAAUGAUUCAAUCACUCUCGAGACAAUCGAUCAACAACUGGAGAGCAAAUUGACAAAUUCGUCAACGGACUCGAGCACAUUGUCAAAUCAAACGCAAAAUUCUGAUGUUGAACAGCCCCAAAGUGAAUUAUUGCUUUCUUCAGAUUUGACCGAAAAUCCAGAACUAAGAAAUGAUGCCACAACAAACGAUCCAAUUAUUUUGAAUUCAACAACAGUUUAUGAUCAAGAAUUUACAACUGAUGAACCAGCAUCCAAUACACCGGAACAUUUGAAGCCAGAGACAUUUCAAAGUACAUCACAAAAUGUUCCAAAUUCAUCACCGUUUCCUCGAAGCGACGAAAUCGAGCCAAGUAGUACUUCAAAAAAUGAUUUGGUGGUUGAUACAGUAUUGGGAAGUAGUACUGAAAUUCCAUUCACUUCAAUUGCAACAGAAAAUAUAGAUUCAAUGGUGUCGGAGACAACAAACGCAGCGCCUAAUUCAAAUGCAACGACAGUGUCUGAUCCAGAAACAACGACUUUUACUUCAACAACAAUUGACGAUUUGAUAACGGCAUCACAAAAUACGCCAGAAGCUUCCACAACAACGCAGCCAAAUACAAAUAUUGAAACGACAAAUCAAAGCAGCGAUGCUACAAUUGAAGAGAGCUCAGAGAAAGAAGAUACAACAACAAACGAAAGUAUCACCUUGGAAAAUAUUUCUGAAGUGGUGCAAAGUAAUUCGACUUCAAAUAAUGUUGCUUCACCUGCUGCAAGCGAAACGGCUUCAUCUUCUGAAAAUGAUGAAAAUCCACCAACCACCCCGAGCUUAUUGGAUUUAUUGACAACAACUUGGUGGCCAAGUACAACGGAAAAUGAAACCAAAAAAGAAGUUAAGUCGACGGAAUCGACCUCAACGCAAUUGACUUCUACGAUAGUAGCUUCGACCGAAACAACAUCAACGGAAUCGACUUCCAUCGUCACCACAACUGAAAUACAAAAUUCUACUAGCAUUCCAAUUAGCACCACCCCAUCAAAUGCUGUACAAGCGGUAGAGUAUUCAAAUACAUUUCAUAAUCCGUUCGUUGAUUUGGAAGUCGAAAAAAUUCCAGGCAAUAUACACCCAUUCAUAAAUAUGCACGUAAAACGAAAUGCUCUUCUCAAAAUGAAUUUCACGGGAGAUUGCUGCUGAAUACCGUGGAAAAAACGGUCAUCAAAUCCAUAGAGGAAUAUUUUAGUUUAUUUGAAGUAAAAUUAAGCUUGAAAUUCAAUUUUAAAAAUGUAACAAUAAAUGCCAUAUAUAAUAAAAUCUAUUGAAUAAACUUUGCAACGUUUGAAAUUGGUUUUGAUUUAUUGGUGUAUCGAACGAGUAAAGAAAGCUUUGAUAUUUUGUCAAUAGAUGGCGUUGGAUGGUCAAAAGUGUGUCUCUGCCCGAAGUGUCAAAAUGACGAACGUCAAACGUUGCUUAAACGAAUGGAUACAAACAACACACACCAUACACAAUUUGCGUGUUUAUUUUGACCAGGAAAAUGGAUGGAAAGCAUAAAAUUUUGGUGUGCGGUGAUGUGCGAGGCAACUUCAAAGUGCUUUUCAAUAAAAUACAGAAUAUCAAUCAAAAAUCGGGCCCGUUCGAUUUGCUGCUUUGUGUUGGUGAUUUUUUCGGAGCAGACAACGGCAAAUUGGAAGCAUACAAAAAUGGAAAUCUCAAAAUAAAUGUACCGACGUACAUUCUUGGACCCAGCAACUCGGCGCAUUCAAAGUAUUUUGAGAAUUUAGACGAUGGUGAAAUCUGUCCAAAUUUGACGUAUCUCGGGCGACGUGGUCUGUACACCGUGUCAUCGGGCUUGAAAAUUGCUUAUGUCAGCGGAACUGAGUCAACCGAUUCGGAAUCGGAUUCAAUAUCUAAUUUCAAAGUGGAAGAUCUAAAAGCAGUGGUCAACGCGUGUUUGGCCAGCAAUCACACAGCUGGAGACUAUCGAGGUGUUGACAUUUUGAUCACUUCACAAUGGCCAAGUGGCACACAGGAAGAUGCUAAAAAUACAUCAGACCUGUUGGCCUGGCUGUCAGCUGAAAUUAAACCUCGGUAUCAUUUUUGCGGUUUGAACGAUUUAUACUUCGAACCAUCACCAUAUAGAAAUGUGGCAAGACCAAACAGUCAAUUUGAGUUGGCCACACGGCUUAUUGCCUUGGCAAGCGUUGGUAAUGCAUCGAAAGAGAAAUUCAUCUACGCACUGAAUGUCACUGCCGUUGAUAAAAUGCGGGUGACCGAUUUGAUUCAGAAGACAACAAAUGAAAUUCCAUGCCCAUAUGAUUCCAUGAAGUUUUCCAUUGGUGGCGUUAAGUUGGCGAGUACUGAACAAAGUAAUCAGUACUUCUAUGAUUUCGAUUCGACGGGCGAGCAUCAACAUCGAAAACGAGGCAAAUUUAAUCAGGACGGUGGUCAUCAACAGAAGCGGCCACGGCAACCAAAUAUCGAUCAAGAAAAAUGUUGGUUUUGUUUGUCGUCUCCAUCGGUGGAAAAGCAUCUGGUCAUAACGAUUGGUGACAGUUUUUAUCUAGCCCUGUCCAAAGGUCCAAUCAAUCAAUAUCAUGUACUCAUAUUAUCGGUCACCCACAUUCAAAGUGUCGCUCUGUUGUCCGAAGAUGACUUUGCCGAAUUGGAAAAAUUUAAAUCAGCACUUCGACAAUUCUUUGCCAGUAAAAAUCAAGUGGUGAUGUUCUUUGAACGCAAUUACAAGAGUGGUCAUUUGCAUAUAAACGUGUGUCCCAUUGACAAGUCGAUCGCAUGGAAGAUAAAGAACUCAUUUGAGGACAAAGCCGAAGAAUACAAUUUAACCUUGGAAACGAUACCAAAACUUGGCGAACCAACGCAGUUACCUGAUCGUGGUGCGUACUUUGUGGCCGAAUUACCAAACGAUGAAACACUGCUGUGCCGGCAAAUGAAACAGUUUCCCAUCAAUUUUGGUCGCGAAGCGAUUCUACUCACCGAAGAGAAUGGUGACGAUAAAAUCAACUGGCGUGAUUGCCUAGUGUCCAAAGAAACGGAAAUUGAAUAUGUUAAAAGUUUUCGCAAUGAAUUCAAACCAUUUGAUUUCACUGCUUAAAUCGAUUGAUUUGUAUCUUGUAUUUUAUGAAACCUGAAAUUGAUUUUGCGAUUUUUAAUUAAGAAAAACCAAGAAGAAUUUUGACAAAUGAAGAAGAGCACAAAUUAAAAGAAGACCUUUUUUUCAUUGGAAA